AUGGCCGGAGGAGGUGGCGGUGAAGGAGCAUCUAUAGAGUAUACGCCGACUUGGGUGGUCGCACUUGUUUGUACUGUAAUUGUGGCCAUCUCUUUACUUGCUGAAAGACUCCUUCAUUAUGCCGGAAAGUUCUUGAUCAAGAAAAAUCAGGGUGCUCUUUUCGAAGCCUUACAAAAAAUAAAGGAAGAGUUGAUGCUGUUGGGAUUCAUAUCUCUGCUUCUGACUGUGUUUCAAAGCAGAAUUACUAAAAUAUGCAUCGCCAAGCACUUGACCGACGACUGGCUUCCUUGCAGCAAAUCUGAUAAAUCCAAAGGCGACGACAAAUCCAUAGAUCAUUUCCAAAGCAGCUUCUUCAUCUUUGGGCGCCGCCUUCUUGCUGCUGCAGAAGCACCGGCUGGCCAGGGUUACUGUGAGAAACAGGAUAAAGCACCACUGUUAUCUCUUGAUGCAAUACAUGAUCUACAUAUAUUUAUCUUCGUGCUGGCUGUCGUGCACGUACUUUUCUCUGCUCUAACGAUUCUGUUCGGAACCUUGAAGAUACGCCAAUGGAAACAAUGGGAAGAUUCUAUUCAGAAAAAGCAACAAGAUCCAAAAGAAGCGCAGCAAAGGACAGUAACCCAUGUACAAGAACAUGGUUUCAUCAAGCGCAGGUUUAAGGGAAUUGGUAAAGAUUUAGCUUUGUUAAGUUGGGUGCGUUCCUUUUUCAAACAAAUUUAUGGGUCUGUUAAUAAGUUAGACUAUGAAACUCUACGACGUGGAUUUAUUGUGACUCAUUAUAGGGACAAUCCCAACUUCAAUUUUUACAAGUACAUGAUGCGUGCUCUCGAAACUGAUUUUAAGAGAGUUGUUGGAAUACGUUGGUAUCUAUGGAUAUUCGUGGUUCUUUUCUUGUUGCUGAAUGUCAAGGGUUGGCAUGCAUAUUUUUGGAUAGCAUUCAUUCCCUUGAUUCUUUUGCUUAUUGUGGGCGCCAAACUUGAGCAUAUUAUUGCCCAAUUGGCAGAAGAGGUUGGGCAGAGACAUACAGCUAUUACAGGGGACUUAGUAGUUAGGCCUUCUGAUGAUCAUUUCUGGUUCCACAAACCACGCCUUGUCCUUGUUUUGAUUCAUAUAAUUCUGUUCCAGAAUUCAUUUGAGAUUGCAGUGUUCUUCUGGAUGUUGUUUAUAUUUAAAUUUGAUUCGUGCAUCAUGGGAGAAGUUGGUUACGUUAUCCCCAGACUCGUUAUAGGGGUACUUGUGCAGCUCCUUUGCAGUUAUAGUACCUUGCCAUUAUAUGCAAUUGUUGCACAGAUGGGAAGUUCAUUCAACAAGGCUAUAUUCGAGGAUCAUAUACAAGUGAAGCUUACUGGAUGGGCUGAAAAAGCAAAGAAGAACACGGCUCAGAGGAAAGCCGUCAAUGGCUCAAGCCAAGUUGGACAUAAAGAAUCUCUUUCGAAUGUCCAGCCACCAGCAGUCGGUGACGAGUCAAGAAUGGAAGAAGGCCGAGCCCUAGAAAUCGAAUCCGCUGCUACCUCAAAUGAACCUAAAUGA